UCAGAAGUAACCUGCAGCAGCAGCAGCAGCAGCAGCAAACUUUCACCUGUGGACACCUGGGGGACGACGACUGACUCUGACCUGAAGGAACUCUCUCUCUGAAGGAAUUAUAGACAAACACUUGAGGACGUCUCUGGGGACUUUUUCAGGGGUUGGACUUUAUUUCUCUUGCCUGGAUUUUUUUGCUCUUGUGGUGGACACUUUUACCACGGACUUCUCUCAGUGUGUGGGACAGAUCCUGCAGUGGGACAACUCCAGGAUGUUCUGCUCCAGGAGAGUCCUGCAGCGCUGGAGCUUCGCUCUCUUCCUCCUCUGCUCGCCGGCGCCACUCUUUGGACGUCCCAUCGACGCGCUCAGUAGCAGGAUUAAGCGUUCCGUGAGCCACGCACAGAUGAUGCACGACAAAGGUCGGACACUACAGGACUACAAGCGCCGCAUGUGGCUGCAGGGACUUCUGGACGGAGUCCACACGGCCGAAAUCCGCGAUCUUCCCGUCCGGACGACGGGAGCGGCGGCAGGAAGUCCGACCAGUGGUGCGGGCGUCGGGCUGCCGGGUGUUAGCCUGGGCAUUAACCUGAGCACCACGGGCACGACCUUACACUCCAAACCUCCAGGAGGAACAAAGAACCUCCCCCUCAGUUUCCGGCCGGAGGAGGAGGAAGGAACCAACCUGCCGCAGGAGACCAACAAGUCCCAGCCGUACAAAGACGGUGUUCUGAAAGCACCGGGGAAGAAGAAGAAGAAAGGACGCUCCGGGAAGAGGAGGGAGGGGGAAAAGAGGAGGAGAAGGGCGCGUUCACUCAGCUGGAGGUGGGACGAAGAACCCGGAAGUGGAUUCCACCUGGAGUGGAAGUCUUUACUUGGCCUGAGGAGGGCGCUGCUUUGAAACGCUGUCAGUCUCUGACACAGAAACCCACAGAAGGUCGGAGCGGACUCCUAAAUACUCAUGAUACAGUCUCCUGUCAUUGUGAUUGUUUGGAAAGAAAUUGGAAAAUAUUUAUUUGUCUGUAAAUAUUCUAAAUAUGGCAGAAUAGAUGGCAGAAUAUGAUUAAAAAGAUUUUAAUCUUUGUGAAUCCUGGCUUUUAUUAUUUCCUUUUUUAAUUCCAAGUAUGUCAGAUAUAUUUCUUUUUUUGUUUUUCUUUUGAUAAUUUAUUUUGUCUGAAUGGUGUAUUUAUUUUGUAAAUGUAUCGAGGUGCUGCUGACCCUCUAUUUUUGUACAAUAAUGCACUUUAGAUAUAUAAAUAUAAAAAUAUAUAUACCAUUAUUUUUCUGUUAUUUGUGUUGGACUGAAAUGAAGAAGUCAUCCGUUUGUUUUGUAAACUCAAUCUGUUCAUACUUAUCCACUCUUGGUUGUUUUGCUGCUGUUUUUGUUUUAAUUUUUGUUCUUUUCUUUUUUUUUCGUCAUGUUUGUUACGUUCAUCCUUCACUGUCUCUGUUUCUUCCAAAAAACGCUACGCUUCUCAAUGCCAAAGUCCCUGUUUGUACAUAAACCCAACACAUGUUGUUGUUUUUGGCACUUGCACUGAGAUAAACAGUCUGUACUGAACAGAUUAAACAUUUGACAGAAGCCCCUCCCUCCUCUGUGUCUUUAU